UUAGUUAUUAAUGAGUGUGUUUAUAAAAUUCACCCCAUCUUUAAUAUGUAUGCAGCUUUCAAAGAUGGUCAGAUAAUUCAUAAUAUUAAACAAGUUCAGAAUGCUGGAAAUACAAAUCAUAACGGCUAUAUGGCUUUUACAAUAAGAAAAUAUGGGGAUAAAAAUUCUAAAACAUAUCGUGUUCAUCGCUUUGUUUGGGAAUGCUUGAACGGUGUUAUACCUGAUGGUAAAGUUAUUGCGCAUAUCAAUGAGGACAGGGAAGAUAAUCGUUUAUACAAUUUGCAGAUUGUAACUCAAAGAGCAAACUGCAAGAAAUCAGCCAGAAAACGUGAUUAUACAUUUGCAGCUAAUAAUUUCCAAAAUAGGAGGUGUGUGAAAGCAAUGAAUAAGACUACACAAGGAGUGGUCUUCUUUAAUAGCAUGUAUGCCGUACAGCAGCGUCUUAGCAUCAAUACUGGUAUUGUUAAGAUGGUCUGUGAAGGGAUCAAUAAUUGUAAAACUGGCAUUUCUAAAAAAGGUGCUCAUCAAUAUAAAUUUGAGUAUAUACAGAAGGAAGAUAUGCCUGAUGACUAUAAAAAAUCAGCCAAUACGCGCCCAAGAAGCGUGGCUGAUGAGGAUAAUAUAUAGAUUUAGCCACGGUUAAAAGCGAGGCUCCCAUUAAUAAAUUUAUAAUUUAAAUCAAACAAUAAACUUGUAUUCCACAAUUCAGUUAACGCUAGAGCACAUUCAUUUGACUUUUUAGGGAAAGGCUAAGUGAUUUUAGAGAAAAAUAAUUGCAAACUGCCCAAGAUAGCUCACGAUAGCCUCAUAUGUACACCUCCAAAAUAGCAAUAAUUUUCGAUCACAUUUAAGAGCCAUAAUGGCUCUUGAUCACCGUACGUUAAUUAGGCCAGGAAAAAAAACAGGCCGAAUUUUGGGUGCGUGUAAACCAGCCUUUUAUACCAUUUAAACAUCACGUCUGAGGUAAACCAGUACUAUGAGGGACUGUUUUUAUCACACAGACCUCGGGCAGAAUGCAGUAUUUCACAAUUUUGCAAUACAAAGUGCACUCAUUCAAUAUUCAGCAGUGUUCAGGACGAUCGAUCGAAGCACGCGUGGGGUUUUAGCUAAACAGUUGAAAAAAUUUCCAAAAUCACCUAGUAUAUAUGGCCAGCCGGUUCUCACUUUUGCAGAGCGAGCUGUGGUCGUGUUUGAAUGAACAUUAACAGAGUUACGCUUCAACAUAAUAAAGAAUUUAUUAUGGUUAUUUUUUAUUUAAUGGUUUUAUCGAUCUGUAAUCUUCAAAAGCGUUUGAUACGCGCGGCAUUUUGAGUACCUCCCGCAAGCGAUGUUCACUGAACGACUAAAAUUACAAGAGAAACUACUAACAAUUAAUAAAAGAAAUAUAAUUCGGUGAAACAUAUACAGAGCGGGGGAGACAACAAUUUUCGUUCACUAAGACAAGUAUUAAAGUGUCUCUAAAAAUCCCGAGUCUUCAAGCUUAAAGCUUAAGUUUAUGUUUUAAGCCGGCUUCCCGGUCUUUGCGUCUUUUCAAAGAUGAACUCGAGGCAAGAAAAUCGCUCAAAGCUUUCUUUUACAACUAAAUAUUAUUUGGAACGUUUUCUUUCUAUUUGCGGUGAGAAAAUGUCUAAAGGAUUUUAAAAUUCUGUAAGAUUAUAUCAAAACUGAUAAUCGGUCAGAUCAUUGUCUCAAAUCUUACAACGUGCGUAAACUAAAUUAGCCGCAUAAACUACGCUCGACGUCAUUAAAUUAGAUAUAAAAAAACACACAUCAAAUACAAUAAUUACUCAGGCGUACCAUUCGAGAUGCAGCUCUGAAAGGUAUCAAGUAAGGCCAGUAUCGCUUCAGACUUUACAACCCUCUUACGCAUCAAGCAAGGUGAAAAACGAAAACGAUACCAUCCGAAAUCGGCUUUCCGACUUUGACAAGUGACGUAUUUCUCAACCAAAAACCCAAUAGAAACAAAACUAGCCAUGAAUAACAGAAGACUCCUGACAGCAGCUGAAUUUCAUUUUGUACAUCCAGUGGAAAAAGACAGUCAAAAACAUCACAAGCUGACACAAAACUCUGUCAGCUUCAGCUGUCAAAGUAAACAAGAUUCAAGAUGCUGCAUAAAUUUUCCGCAUGAACUCACCUGUCAAAUUUUGAUCAAUCACAGCAUAAACACUGGACGAAGAGCGUGACCAAAGCGUGAUUAUGGUGAGCAAAGUCAAAAGCAACUGUCUUCUCUGCCUGUAAAAGCUGGCUGAAUUUUCGCUUCCGAGGUCAGUUUGAAAUCAAAAUCUUAAUUGUGAGGCAGAAAUACACGACAUAUUUCAUAUGAAUUUUAAAAAAAUUAAAUUUGAGCCUGCGAUCAUUUGAAAACUAGUGACUUGUCAGUGGAUAACUUCAAAAAAAUACUUCACACCUGAGCCCGCGAUAUGGUCAAGUGAUACUGGUCAGCGGAUACCCUGGUUUGACAGCUAUCAAUUGAUCACAACAUUGAUGUCCAAUAUGUGUGCAUUAUCAAUUUUCCUGUGCUCUCAAACUAGCAAGAAAGAAAGAAAGUACGAGAUUGAACAUUGAUCGCGAUGUAGUAAAACAACUGGUCAGCGGACAGCUUCCACAUAAAUCACGUCACCUCGAUGAGUUGACACAUGAACCCGCGAUAUGUUCAUGUGAUACUGGUCAGUGGCUAUCCUGGUUUGACAGCUGUCAAUUGACCAUUUUGUGAAUGUCCAAUAUACAAGAUGUGGACUUGCCAAGACACCCCUCCCUCCCUUUUGAUGGUCUUCCCUACCCCACCCUUACAAUCUGUAGACGCGUACGUACGCACGCUCGGUCAAUCACGUGACAACCAAACGAAAAGAGGUUGACCAUAUUCCAUGAGUAUGGGGCUCUGUCGCGAGCGUGGGAGCCCCGCUAAAAAGAGACACCAAAUGGAAAUUCUUAAAAUAUGGCAAAAAAGAAAAUACAUUUGCCCAAGG